AUGACUGUGGACAUCAUAGACAACCCAGGGAGUCUGAGUGUCGCGCCAGACAACGCCCCCACCAUCACCACUGUCUCUCCUAGUGCUGCUCCCAUCACCUCGAUGGCCAACAAUAUCUUUCCACAACCCGUCUCACCUUCUAUGUGUCCAGCAGAUUCAACUAUCAACCUCCUCACCUACAACCUUCCACCACCCAAACCUUCAGACAACCCUCCCUCACCGAUCUCAACUUGCCCAACUAGCAAUAGCAACAAAGCCAAUCUUUUGCCUCCAGUCAUCCCACCUACAGUUCCUGAGGAAGCCUUGACCAGCUUGCUUGACCCUUGCCCGGAGCUCACACCUCAAAAUCAAUUGGCAGCCUCUCAUCCCGAAGAGGUAGCAGCCAGUACUGCCUCCAUCAAUAGUUAG